AGAAUGAGCGUACACCUCUUCGAUAUUACCGGGCAGUGUGAAAGUCGGGAGUGGAUUCACCGCUUUGGAAAAGUCGAACUCGUUGUCUUGGUCGUUAACUUAACCUGUUACGACCAAGUUUGCCUCGAAGAAUGGCCACCGCAGAACAACAUGAUAAAGACUUUGGCCCUUUUCGACUCUAUAUUCAACACUGACUCGCACGGAUUUCCUGGAAUCACACUGCUCCUAAACAACAUCGCCCGUUUUGAGAGUAAAUUAGCCAAAGUCUCCGCUCUCAAGCUGCUUUCCGGACUACAUUAGUGGCAACGAUAUGAAUAAGCCUACUGCUUACGUUCUAAGAUGCUUCAAACAAGUGAAUCGCACCGGACGCCAUAUGGAAUCGUCGUUCACAGAUACGACCGAG